AUGCAUUCUGCGACGCUUCUGGCCGCAGCCGUCGCUGGCCUGGCCGGCUCGGCUGCGGCAGUGACGGUGCACGGCGCACUCGUCUUUACUCGCCACGGAGACCGGACGACCAAGUGGUACAAGGCCCAGGCGCUCACGAGCCUCGGCGCGGAGCAAAACUACCAGGUCGGCGGCUCGUACCGCCAGCGCUACCUGUCGUCCUCGUCGCCGGACGCCAUCCGCGGCAUCUCGCAGGACAAGUACGUCUCGUCGCAGGUCUUUGCCAGCGCGCCCGACCAGGGCAUCCUCAUGAACACGGCGACGGCCUUCCUGCAGGGCCUCUACCCGCCGCUCGAGGACGUGGCCCCGGACGUCGCCUCCCAGGGGCUCAACAACGGCACCAACAGCACCAGCCCGCUCGGCGGCUACCAGUACGUCGUGCUGCACGGCGUCAACGACAACUCCCCCGACGCCAUCUGGAUCAAGGGCGACGACGAGUGCCCCGCCUACACGGCCUCGUCCAAGGGCUUCUCCCGCAGCGACGAGUUCCGCGCGCGCGACGACGCCACGCGCGGGUUCUACGAGCGCUUCUACGACGUGCUGGCUCCGGGCGUGUACAACCUCAAGCGAGAGGACGUGUCGUACGCGCGCGCCUUUGACGUCUUCGACCUGGUCAACGUGGCGCGCAUCCAUAACGCGACGUCGCCCGCGCGCAACGUCUCGGACGAGGACCUCGCGCAGCUGCGCACGCUCGCCGACUCGGCCGAGCUGGGGCUCAACUGGAAUGCCUCGGAGCCGAUGCGCGCGGUGGGUGCGAAGACGCUCUCGGGCGUCGUUCUGCGGCAGCUCAACGCCACGGUGUCGUCGCGCGGCGCGACGCCCAAGCUCUCCCUCCUGGCGGGCAGCUACGACACGUUCCUGGCGUUCUUUGGGCUCACGGGUCUGCUCGAUACGGGGGCUGACUUUCACGGCCUGCCCGAGUAUGCGUCGAGCAUGGCGUUUGAGCUCUUCACGGACGGCAACGACGACAAGUCAUUCCCAGCGGACCCGGCGGCGAACCUGCGCGUGCGAUGGCUGUUCCGCAACGGCACGGCAGGCACGCUGAAGGGCUUCCCGCUGUUCGGCACGGGCGAGGCGUCGCUGCCCUGGCCGCGCUUCGUGAGCGAGAUGCAGAAGCGCGCCAUCACGGACGUGGGCGACUGGUGCGACAAGUGCGACUCCAAGGCCGGAUUCUGCGCGGCGUACCGCGACGACGACGGCGAGGCCGGAGGUGCGGAGAAGAACAGCGGAGGGGGUGGCGGCGAUGGUGGCAUUUCGAAGGCCGUGGCGGGCCUCAUCGGCGCGAUGGUCACGCUGGCUGUGGUUGCUGUGGUGGGAGGGUUGGCGUGGAUGGUGCUCAGGAGGAAGAGAAAGGGGGCUGGUCGGCAGCAGGGAGACAAGACGAGUGUGCGGAGCGGUAGCACUGAUGAGAGAACGGACACGGUAUAA